GUUGUUGUUUUAUGUGUUUCGUAACAAUUGCAAUUAAAAUAUCAACAUGGCGUUAAAAAGUUAACGUGUAGUGAUAUGAGGACAAUAAAAAAAAAUAGUUUAAAUAAUAAUGUCCAACGCACCACCAAAUCGCCGCAAUGGUGCACAAAAAAUACGAUUAACAAUUUUAUGUGCUAGAAACUUGGUUAGAAAAGAUUUAUUCCGGCUUCCUGAUCCAUUUGCAAAGAUAUCUGUAGAUGGUAGUGGACAGUGUCAUUCAACAGAAACUGUGAAAAAUACAUUAGAUCCUAAAUGGAAUUCACAUUAUGAUCUGUAUAUAAGUAAAAGUGAUAGUAUUACAAUUUCAGUUUGGAAUCAUAGGAAAGUUCAUAAAAAACAGGGAAGUGGAUUUUUGGGAUGUGUUCGGAUAGUAAAUAAUCUCAUACAAAGGCUUAAAGAUACAGGAUAUCAGUGUUUAGAUUUAGGCAAAGCAAAUGCAGAAGACGAGCCAGUGAAAGGGCAAAUUAUCAUAUCUCUAUUAUCAAGAGAUGGACCAUGUGGGGGUACUCCUUUAGCAAUUGUAGGUCCUCUAGGCGAUCUUAGGGGACCUGCAGAUCAUGAAAAUUCUAAUUCAACUUCAAACUGUACCAAUACAGAACUGCCACCUGGCUGGGAAGAACGCAGAACUCCCAAUGGCCGAUUAUAUUAUGUUAAUCACAUCACAAAAUCAACUCAAUGGAUAAGACCUCAAGCAAGUGCAAAGUCAAGAACAAACAGACCUAGGAUAAAUAAUAAUGUAAAUUUGAAUGUAGAUAAUAAUAAUAUUGAUACUAACAGAAACAUAGAACCACUAAAUAAUAACACUCCUACAAUUACUACUACGACCACAACAACAACUGAAACAUCACAAUCUCCAGUAACACCAUCUUCCAGUACGACCACAGUAUCUCCCUUAAUUAGUCCACAAAAGGAACAACCAUCCCAACCAAGAACAGUACCGACAACAUCAGCAACUACUCCUGCUCAAUCUCCUUUUGCUUCUGUAUCUCCCACAUCCACUGCAGUAGUUCCGGCGCCUAACAAUAUUAGUUGUAAUGCACCUUCAGUACCUGUCGCACCUGUUAAUACUGUCAGUACAUGUGUAGCUUCAACAAGCAAUGUUAGUAGACUAGUGAGUAGUCCACAACAAAGAAUAGCUACGAGAGAAAGAAGGCCGAGACCUAACAAUGAAGGUGAAAGAAGAGAGGGUAGUAGUAGGAGAAGGCAAGGUAGGAAUAGGAAUUCAGUAAAUGGGGCAGCAUCACCUAGUGGAAGUAAUAAUAAUCAGAAUGGACUUUUGGCAGCAAUGAAAAUGGAUUUGCCCCCUGGUUAUGAAUUGCGAACUACUCAACAAGGACAAGUCUAUUUUUAUCAUAUACCUACAGGAGUGUCUACUUGGCAUGAUCCUAGGAUACCCAAGGAUCUUACUCCUUUAAGUCUUGAUUUGGAUCAUCUAGGACCUUUACCCCCUGGUUGGGAAAUGAGGCAAACCAGCUCUGGAAGGAUCUAUUUUGUGGAUCAUAACAAAAGAACCACUCAAUUCACAGAUCCUAGGUUGAAUUCUCAAAUUCUUAAUAAUAUUAUAAGGAGAAAUGGUCAAAACACAAGUCAACCCACCACCAGUACAACUAUUCCAACAGUCACCACUCCUACACCAACUGCUGUCAACAGUACAACUGAAACAGAUGGCCAGGCUUCUUCACAUCAUUCAAAUCCAGAUCCUGUCUCACCUCGAAUCAGAGUUGAACAAAUUAGAAAUGAAGAUCUACCUCAGAGUUUAUUGAACGAAUCUGAACAUUUACCAAAAUACCGACGGGAUCUAGUUGCUAAAUUGAAAGUUCUGAGAGCCGAAUUAAAUGCUUUACAACCACAAAGUGGACAUUGUAGAUUAGAGGUAUCUCGUAACGAAGUUUUUGAAGAGAGUUAUAGACUUGUAAUGAAAAUGCGUCCAAAAGACAUGAGAAAAAGAUUAAUGGUAAAAUUUAGAGGUGAAGAAGGUCUGGAUUAUGGAGGAGUAGCCAGAGAAUGGCUACACUUGUUAUCUCGUGAAAUGCUGAAUCCUCAGUAUGGCUUAUUCCAGUAUAGUAGAGAUGAUCACUAUACUCUACAAAUCAACCCUGAUUCUUCUGUCAAUCCUGAACACCUGUCUUAUUUUCAUUUUGUGGGGAGGAUACUGGGAAUAGCAGUCUUUCAUAAUCAUCAGCUGGAAGGUGGAUUUACUUUGCCUUUUUAUAAACAACUUUUGAACAAACCAAUUACACUUCAGGAUAUCGAGGGAGUCGAUCCCGAGUUGCACAGAAGUCUCACCUGGAUGUUAGAGAAUAACAUCGAUGGUGUACUAGAUACUAACUUUGCUGUAGAGAACAACAGCUUUGGGAUUGUCAAAGUGCAUGAACUAAAACCAGGAGGGGCAUCAAUAUCAGUUACAGAAGAAAAUAAAAGAGAAUAUGUAAAACUUUAUGUAAAUUAUCGAUUUAUGCGAGGUAUAGAACAACAGUUCUUAGCUCUCCAAAAAGGAUUUUCUGAAUUGAUACCUUCAACUUCCUUGAGACCAUUUGAUGAAAGGGAGCUGGAACUUGUUAUUAGUGGAAUUGGAUCGAUAGAUAUUGCUGAUUGGCGUGCACAUACGAGAUUAAAACACUGUACACCAGAAACGCCAGUAGUUCAAUGGUUUUGGCAAGCUGUAGAUUCUUAUUCUGAAGAAAUGCGCGCACGACUUCUACAAUUUGUUACAGGAAGUUCUAGAGUACCUCUUCAAGGCUUCAAAGCUUUGCAAGGCAGUACAGGUGCAGCGGGGCCCAGGCUUUUUACAAUACAUUGUGUAGAUGUGUCUCCACAAAAUCUGCCUAAAGCACAUACUUGCUUCAACAGAAUAGAUAUACCACCUUAUGAGUCAUAUCAGGUAUUGUUAGAUAAACUUACUCAGGCUGUUGAAGAAACUUGUGGGUUUGCAGUAGAGUGAGAAUAAACUGUUAACCAGUCUACUUAGCUGUGGUAGUUGAGAAGCUCAUUUGGAAGACUGUCAAAGUGCCUUUUUUAAGUUUUCACAUUCUUAUUCUAUUUCUCACAAGUGCCUAUUACGCUAGUCAUGAUAUCACACGAGCACCAAAACAUGAUAGAGCUUGUGCUAAAUCAAACUUUCUAAUGAUCACAUUUGAUUAUAUCGGUUUCAAUCUAAAACUGAUUCGGGACGAUACUAUGUUGUACCUAAAACAUGCCAAAACUGAGUAAAUUUUCUUGAAAAAAGUUAGUGAUUGUUGUAACUUCUGUUGAGCAUAGCUUUAUGUAGCUGAAAAGCACGUGAAAGGCAUUUAAUACUGUCCAUAUUGUCUGUGAUUAAGAUCUCGAUUUGUUUUCUCUGAAUACAAUGCCUUAUAAGGAUCAAGAUCACAUCAGCAAAUUUGGUAAAUAUUUAAAAAUCAAUCUAUAAUUACGAAAAUUAAUUAUUUUUGUUAUAAUCCAGACCAUACCAUAUAAACUUUACAUAUCCAUUAAAAGCCUUACAUUUAAAAAUCACAAGUAGAAUAUACAAUUAUUAUUUUUUACAUUUAUUCACAGAAAUGUUCACUACUAGUUUUAAAAAAAUUUAAAGUGAGGCAGAGUUUGCAAAUUCAUUUAUAAGCUAACCUCACAUAUUCAUAAUAAAUUUUUGACUUUGACGUUUAAAUCGUAAAAUAACUUUUUCGUAAUUCUAGAUAAGUACGUUUUUCCACUAUGUAUAGAUCUUUCAUAAAAGGUAGCUAAUUAAGUUCAUAAUACUGCCUGAUAUGGUAUUUCUUUUAUAUUAAAUUUGUUUUUAUUUUUUAAGGACACACUCAAAUUGUAAAAAAUACUUCUUUAAAAAAGUACUAAUAGACCAGCACUGAAAAAUUCUUGAUAAUAAUUAGAUGUUCGGAUUCUAGUAUACGAAGAAAAAUACAAAGGACUCCCAAUGUAUAUGUAAGAGCGGAGAGCCAUCAAUAUUUACCAAAAAUUUAGAUUUGUUCAAAAAAAUUUAGGAUUUCAAUGGAAUAAAGCUAAUAUAUACAUUUUUCUAAAUUAACUGAAAUUUCAUCAAAUUGAAUUUUGAAAAUGCACGAUAUUUUUAGAUUUAUUUAUGUUGAAUAAGAAUUAAUUUUGAUAAAUAUUCUAUUUCAAUCACAAAGUUCACUUUUUUUGUAAACAACUUUUCUAAUUUUCAGUAACAGCUUAGGUUUCUGGGGUACCUUUAAUAUCCUUUUCAAGGUCUUCAAGAUAGUAUUUGUUGUUACAAAUCCUAUUUAUCCUAUUCCUUUAUUUUUUAUCACACCAAUAUAUUACCUAACAUUGAAUAUUCUAUUUAGGAAUUCUUCACAGAAACUGAUUGUAACAAUCUUUACUUCUACAUAUAUUUAAUGAUAAAUGUUUUGUUUUAAUGAAAAUUGUCACUAAUGUAAGAAGUUUCGCCUUGAAAAAUACUCAUUUUUGUUCUUCUUCCAACUUAACUAAUUAUUAGUGAAGCUAUCAGGUUUUCUUUUUCAAGGAUGGAGCCCUCUGGAGAUACUAGUUUUUUCCUUCCUUUGUUUUUAAAUUGUUGAAAUUAUAAUUUUUUUUUGGAUUUAUAUGUGAUUUCUUUUUAUUAAAUUAGAAAAUGACGUAAAAUAAGCUUUUUUUGUUAUUUCAACAUUUCUGUAAAGCUGUCCUAAUAAUGAAUACAUAGAGUAACCACGUAGGAUAGCCAGUCCCGAGCUUUUUGGAAUUUGCAAUAAAGUAACACAAUAAUGACAGAUUGUUUAUUGGAUUCAAAAAUUCUUUACUAAGUUUCACAAAAUUUUAUGCCAAUAUUACAUAUUACUACAUUUUUAUUAUACCAUAGGAUAAGUUAAUGUCAUUAUUAGAUAUUUUUGAAAAUUAUGUUCUUAUUAAAUGUUAAUGCAGCCUUGGAUUUUAUUAUAUUAUUAUAAAUAAAUAUUAACAUUUAUAAAACAAUUUGUAAUUUAGUACAUAAUUUGCAUGAAAAUUGGUAUUGGAUAAGGACAAUAGAAAUAACCCUACAUUCACUUAUUAUGUUGCUUAUUUCAAUGAUUUUGAAAAAUCUAAGUAUCAUUACUUAUGCUGAUUUACAUGGUAUAAUAAUAAUUUACUAAAAAUAUCACAAAAAGAUUUUUGUGAUAUUUGAUGUAAUAGCAUAAAAAUAAUUAACAAUCUAUUCUAAUACAAAAGGUUAUUUUGAUCAAGCCAUAGGAAAAUUGGGAAAAUAUUUUUAUUACCGAUUGUGUGUUACUCUGCAUGUUUGAGAAUAUCUCCAAAUCUCUAUUUAGUACCACUCAUGCUUUGAUGCUAUGUUAACAGCAAAAUCGUCGAAAUAAAAGUUAUCUGACAUCUAAUUAAAAGCAGUAAAUUGCCUUUGCAAUAUUGACUUUUAAAAUAAUGGUAUUGUAACAAAUAAUUUUAGUUAAAAAAAUAUAAAAAAAUACACGUAAUUUUGUAUGCUUACCUUCAAACAGCACCUGAAGUCUAUUUAUCGAAGAAAAAUAGUAAACCAUAUUUACGCAUAGUGCACGUUAUCAGAGUUGAAAACGCCAAAGCCGAAUAUGUAACAGAACCGUGAGGUCUGAAAUAGAUGCAAAAUGAACGGCCAAAAUAUGGAACACAUUCAAUUAAAAAGAUGUGUAUUGAAACAUUAAAAUGAAAUCUUAAUUUUUUACCUCAAUACACAAACACAUUUUCUUAUUUCCCAUCAGAUGGCAUUGAGCUUCCACUGUCGUCAACAUUUAUAAUAAGGGGUUCAACUUGCUCAUAAAUGACAAUAUCUUUAUUCCACAUUGUGAAUUUAACCUUUUCCUGGACAUGUUGAAAAGACUUUUUCCACUUAUCAGGUAUAAUUCUGUGGAUAGCUUUGUGGAAAAUAUUUUCAACAUCAGAAAAUUAAAUGUUUUUUUCUGCUGCAACAUAUUGUUUCAUAUUUGCCCAGAUCAACUUAAUAGGAACUUCAUACAUGGCUCCGCGCGGGUCUCUAUCAGAAAGCAUCCUCUCCAAGUGUCCCAGGCGCAACCCCCUCCCCCCGGAUGAAUCCCACCAAAUUUGUCUCAGCUCGGCAUUCCUCCGGAUUCUCCACGCACCGCUCUCGCAAACUGGGCCAAAAAUAUUUCGAAGAGCCUUACGUUCCCAGCAGCUCUAAAUCCGCUCACUUGUCGUCACAUUCCAUGUCACACAUCCGUAUGUGACUACGGAAUGGAUUAUUGUCUUGUAAAUUGUGAGCUUUGACCUUUGUGAGAGCCCUCUAAACUUGACCGCUCUCUGGACUCCUCAGAAGCAUAUGUUCCCCGCGUUGAUCUCCGUUUUCACGUUCAAGGAGCGUUGCUCUCUGACUUGGAACGUAGUUUGGAAGGUCAGAGUUCUCCUUUACAUGGUUUUCUGUUCUUUGAUUUUGAGUAAUCUUACUUCAACUGCAUAUAUAUAUAUAUAUAUAUAUAUAUAUAUAUAUAUAUAUAUAUAUAUAUAUAUAUAUAUAUAUAUAUAUAUAUAUAUAUAUAGACGAGGUGCUGUGUGAGCCUAUUGCAAAUAGUUCCUGCGGCACAUUCUCCUUAUCCUUAUCUUCGUUAAUUGCUCUCAGAAUGUUUUCCACUUUAGAUAACUCAAGAAAAAAUUGUGCACAAUUCUUUUGUCGACAUCAUCAAUUGAAUUAUUAUUUUUUCCUUGAUGGAUACUUUUUUGGGUCGGCCACUGAAUGAUUAACUCUACUCACAAACGAUUCGUACAUACUUGAAGAAGAUACUCCCGAAAUAUUAGCCUUUUUGGAAAUAACGUCAUCAACAGUCUUGUCAUCAUUUUCUUGCAUUUUUUUUUAAUAAAUAUACACAAUCAUUUGUUUUUUGCUAGCAUUAAAAAGAAGCCUUUUAGGCGGAGUAUAACUAAUGUCAACAACUUCAUCAAACUGUAUCCGUGUCAGACAUGUUUAAAAAAUCACGCAACAGACAAAAAUAAACAACGAUGCCGCGUCUCGUUUCGUCCGGUAUAUUCACGUGCAGAUUAUUAUUUUGGUUUACUAUUUUUCUUUGAUAACCAGACUUUAACUUAACAUAAAAUGUCUACAUUUAAUCCAAUCUUCCUAUAUGAAGACCACCAAAUUAGGUGAAUGUAAAAAGACCAAAUAUUAGGUUGUCAAAAUUAUUUAUUAGUCAACAUGCAAUGAAUUAUAUUUAUUCUAAAGAUACAUUUAUCAAAUGAGCAUAAUCAGUCUUUUUAUUUUUAUUAGAGCCUCUUCAAUGUAUCCAAUAAUUUUAGAUUGCAAUGAAUCUUUUGAUCUGGAGGUCCUUUAUAAAGACUCCUCUGUUAGAGGAGAGUCUUUAUCAAACUUCCAUAGGCACUAUUAAUUUAUGUAUAUGCAUAAACCUUAUGAAAUUCCUGGUCUGUACUCGAAUUCGAACCAUUCAAUGUUCAAUUGUUUUCCAAUCCAGUUGUAUAGUUUAUUGCUGUAUAGUUUUACUUUAAAUUAUUUAUGUAAUAAGUAAAUGUAAUGGUAGUUCCACUACGACCAAAUAUUAUAUUUAAUAUAACUUGAGUUAGUAAAGAACUGAUCUAUGCUUGUUACUGAGUAUUCAAAGCUGUGCCUUGGUGUAGUGUUUUAACACUUCUAUAUAAUCAGAAGUAUAUUUAUGAAAUGUAGCUCGGAAAAAAUUUCAUAUGAAAAGAAUUUUCGGAUAUCUCUCCAAGAAUGUUUUAUAAACAAACAUUUUUUAAGCUCAAGACAAUAGCAAAGGAAUCUGGCAGAAAAACUGGUUCCAAAGGAAAAAAACUCACUUCUAGUUUUCCCUUAAACUAUAUUUUUGGUUUUCCGUUUUAUAACAUAGAAUUAUGUUGUUUUGUACAUCAAUUCACUAAAUCUGGUUAAAACAUUUGAGACUGCUAAAACAUUAAGUUUGUAAGAGGUGUUUCAACAUUUAUAUUCAUAUUAUAAACGAAAUAUAUUUGAAUUGGACAACACUGUUAAUAUUGCAUAGAUAGUUCUUUAUAAAACUGGGUUAAGGAAAAUAUUUAAUUUACUCUUUGUUUACGGAUGUCUUUACUAACAUUUUUACAAAAAAUGUCAUUUAUACUGCUUGGAUAGGAUUAAAUAUAUUUGGAAAGAAAUAAAAAUUCUAUAUUUUUCUAUAUAUUCAAAAUUUGUCCAGAUUUACACAUUAACCGAAUCUGGUAAUUCAAGUCAGCUUAACAAUAACUAAAAGUGCAGCUUUGCUGAUUUUCCGUGGAAUAAUAAUAAUCUUUUGUACUUUUUCGUUUUAUUGGACCUGACGGACUACAGAUCUCCAUCAAAUAUUUUCAUUGUGACAAAUGAAUAUUCUUCUGUCUUACAAUUAGCAAGUAUAAAUUAUAUAAUUCAGAUGUAAAAUCCUAUUUUUUCCACAUUGUUUUCAUAAUCUGGUAUACCCCUUGAUUUAUGGCUUAGUUAUUAAAAUAAAAUGUUUCCAUUGUUAUUCCAUAAUAUGGUAGUAUAAAACAAACUUAUAUUUUUAGCACUGGUCAAAUGAAAACUAAGUGUUUCUUUUAGAAAUGUAGCAUUAAUUUUAUAGUUGUGUGAAUCAGUCAAACUUUAAUUCUAUUCUAAGUCGUCCCAUAUUUUUCUUUAUUCCCUGCCUUACUUGUCAAAGUUUAAGACCACAUUUCAAAUAUUUUUUCCUUUCACCUUUCCAGAUGUCGUAUAAGGAUUCCUGUUGCGCCCAUUUCUUCCAAUAUAAUCUGUCUUUAUAUGGUCUAUUUCUUAGACUACCCUUUCGUUUUUUUUUGUAGUAAAUAUGUCACUUGUAUACUUUUAAAACUAUUAUUUUUUUUUUAUUAUUAUACAAUUAUUAAUUUGGGUUUAUUUAUGUUAAAUUUUCAUUUUUUCUAUUUCUAAGACAAACAAUUUCAAAUUGAAAAAAAUUUACUUGACAAAAACGCCUUUGUAUUUCAUUAAAUACUUAGGUACAAAUUAUUUAAUAAAUUACUUUCAUUUAUUACCCCAUUAUACUCCCAGAUAAAUUAUAUGUCUAUUAUUAUUAGUAUUAACAAUCACCAUAUAAAACAAUUUUUUUUACGUUUAAUUUGACCAGGUAUAAAAAAUAGACAUGAUACAAACAAUAUUUACUUAUUCAUUUUCUAGUUAUAGAAUUACUAGAAAUCGAUAAAUGAUCAGAGGUUUUAUUUAAAUUGGCCAAUUAUUUGGCAAUUAGUUAUAAGUAAAGUUUAUAAACAGGCAUCGUACUCAUUGUUACAAAAACUAAAAAGUCGAACUUAUCAACAUUUAAUAUAAUAAAAUCGAUAUUCUUUGUAGUUGAACUUUCCUUUUUCAUCAUAAUAAUGAUAUCUCACUCAUUAAUAAGCAGCUUAUAGUACUUUAUUUGAUUUCUUUCAAAAUCUAAGUGCUAGUAUUUGAAACUGACAAUACAAUAAGUAUAUAAAUAAAUUUUUAUUUAAAAUAUAUUCAGUAUGUGUUUAAAAACACAGUAUUAUCGAUUUUAUUACUGCUAAAGUUGGGUAAUAGUAAGAUUUAAUCUGCAAUAUUGAAUUGUAACAAUUUAUACGAUGUCUAUAUAACCUAAAAUUUAAAAUUAUUCGAAAAAGUCUGUGUUAAAACCUUAUAGUUGUGAUGUAAAAUUUUUAUUUAAAUUACUCCAUUAAAAUUUUCGAUGUAAUGCCGGCAGGCAUUUUUAUAAAAGAAAUUGUUAUUCAAACUGUAAUACUUAACCUGUUGAAUAAAUGCUUUACUUUCUUAA